AUGGAGUCAGUUCAUGCCCUUCCAUCCUUCCCUACCUCCCCCCGAGGGACAAACGUGGUCAAAGGUCAAGGAAAUUCUGAUUUCUCAGCACCAAACGGCAAGGACAGGCAACACAAACCAAACAUCUCACCUUCCAGCUUCAACGUGGGCAAACCUGCGGUCCCUCCCUCUGAGAGUCGCAAGUAUUCUAAAUGGGCAAAGGUGAGGCGGCCUGGGGAGCGGCACAAGGUGAAGGGUAAGAGCGGGGAGAGCGGAGAGGCCCGGGUCACUGGCUGUCGUUAG